GCUUAACCAAUAUAAUCUCGGGGAAUUCUGAUAAAAGCUUAUUACUCCUAAUGUUACAAUUGAAUUGGUGGAUUAUAACCAUCUCAAUAUUACAAAAACCGUGAGUGACAACAAUCCUAAACAACGGAAGCGCUUCGGCAGCAGGGGACCGGUUGAUUCUUUACACAAAUUUUCAAUGUGUUCUGGAAAUGGUUUGCAAAGAGGACGUGGUAUCAUGGUUUAAAGAAUUGGAAAGUUAUAAACGCAUAGACGCAAUGUGUACAUUGUUAAAUAUGUGCUUGCCAUUUGAACUACGUUUCAUUGGCACAUAUCUCGAGGAGCUCGGAAAGCGCGACUUCCAAGAGUUGCGUGGUGCCGAACUUCGAGCAAACAAUCCUUCAGACUUGGCUGCAGACAUCGGUGGCGCGAACACAGAUCCUCGAACACGACGGAAAAUGGCCUUAUACGUGUCUCUGUUACGCUCGUGCAACUUCGCAUGUGCCACUACAUUGUACAAUGCUAUGGUCAGUUUGGAGAAGAGUGGUUUGUUGAAAGGUUUAUAUGGUGAUCUCUUGGAAGAAAUAUUACUACUAUAUACCAUGGCACUUCAUCAUCCUGCAUUCACAUUUGAUCAAAAGUCACAUUUUGGUGAAAUAUUAGAUAAAUUGAAAGUUGAAGACCAGCGGUGUCAGUUCCAAGAGCAGGCAGAGCACAUGCCAGUGAGCAGUUGUCACGCUCAGCCCACUGUUGCGCCCAACAUGUCGGUGCCCCCGCCAGCCCUUUCCAGCUUAGGGCCGCCACCAAACAUCAUGUAUGUCAAAUCACCAACAGUACAGCCUCAAAGUUUAGAAGGUGUGCCUCCCGAGCUCAGUUCGCCACCAGUCCUAAGCGGGGCUGGUGGGGCAGUCCCUAUGCUAGGGGAGGUCACACACCCGCCGCCAGGCUUGCCAUUACCACAGUACAACAUGGCAGAGUACAUGGGACAGCAUCCAUGGCCUGCCAAUAUCAUUGUUUCACCAUUAACUCAACCUAUUGAGGUAAUAAACUACCCGGUAAACGCGGGUGCGAGUACAGGUGGUGGCGCGGGCGCGACGUCGCCGCUGGCGUCGUCCGGCGGGGACUCGCGCGCCGGGUCGCCGCGGCGCCGGCGCGCCAGCCGCGAGCGCUCGCCGCCGCCGCCGCCGCUCGCCGCCAUGCCGCCGCCGCCGCCGCCCGACCAGCAGCUGCCGCAUCUCGCGGCCAACUUUGACAAUCUCUCCGUUAAUGAGAUGCGCGAGCGACACACGAUGGACGACAGGUUACGCGAAAUAAGCGCAAUGCAGCAGCAGUACCGGUCCCUGGAGAAGCUGAACGGCGUGCGGAGACGGGCGGGCGCGUACCUGCCGGCGCGCUCGUCGUCCGACUCGGGCUCCAGCGCCGCGUCCAGCCCGCCGGGUACACCGGCCCCGGCACCGCGCCGCCAGCCGCCGCCGCUGCCGUACCUGUACCCGCGCACGUACGGCUACCCGCCGCCGCCGCCCGCCUACCGCCCGCCGCCGCCGCCCUUCGCCAACGGCGAGCCGCCGCCCUACCCCGCGCCCGGCUACGGCGCCUUCGUGCCCGUGCUCUACGCGCCGCCCAAGCUCUCCUGCUGGAACUGCGGCGCCGCCGGCCACGCGGGCCACGAGUGCAAGGAGCCCAGCAUGGAGGAGAUCACGCGCGCGGGCGGCUACCAGCUCGACUUCGGCGCGCCGCCCGAGCCGGCCGACAAGUAGCCGAGACGGUGACUCGCCGCAGUGCCAGGGUGGCGGACGUUCGCCGCCGCUCUGCGAUCUCGGGGCGCCGUUCCCGCGUCCGUCGGACGUCCGGUCGUCGCGCGUGGGGUUCGGGAACGGUCCUUAGAUGUGAGUAAUGUUU